GUCGAGGUAAUCAGGUCUUGGCAUCUCCUUAAAGACCUUCUCGAAACAGCCCUAGUGGGCCCAAACUCACUGUUUACCUUACUGUAGCAUGCCGGACUGUCGAGCUGGAAAACGCUCGUCACAUACCUCGCCCUCAGCACUCGUCGGCCUGUUUGCUUUGGGACUUGGUAGAGGUUUGAUUACACAGCUGCUUCUACCUACUGUAUAUACACACUUUAGCGUUGGAUGUGUUCAGACGGUCUCAACUACAAGGAUGAUUCAACACUGCAGCCGAAGCUGCCGAACCACACUACCGAUAGGUGAAAGUAACGCUAUUAUGUAUGCAGAUUGUUGCUUACUGGUUCUGUGUCUGUACAGAUGCAGUGUAGUGAAGAGGAAUUACACGAGUGUACGGUAUCCGCACAUAAUAAAGUAAGAUGAAUCCAAUUGCUAACUGUGGGACUUGUUUCGUCAUCAGUAUCGGUGGUCCAGCUCCAGUUGCUGUCUUGCAGCUCCUUGCUUGACCGACUGCGGCUUGCGGGGACACUGGCCGCCUGAGAAUCGGGCUAGGAAUUGUAUUGAGCAUCCAUGGAGGCUUUGCUUGGGGUGAACCGUUAUUUCAAACUCAAGCACAAAUCCUCAUAAAU